CCAGAAUGCACCUCGGCUUUUAUGCGCUGAAGCAAGAUGGCGACUAAAACAGUGAAAGACGGUCCUCCUUUUGAUUGCCCAUCAUGGGCAGGGAAACCGCCCACAGGUCUCCAUUUGGACGUGAUGAAAGGAGACAAGUUGAUAGAGAAACUGAUCAUAGAUGAAAAGAAGUUUUACCUGUUUGGAAGGAACCCUGACUGGUGUGACUUCACCAUUGACCAUCAGUCCUGCUCACGGGUUCAUGCAGCGUUAGUCUACCACAAACACCUAAAAAGAGUCUUCCUCAUUGACCUAAACAGCACACAUGGUACUUUCCUUGGGCAUAUUCGCCUUGAACCCCACAAGCCUCAGCAGGUUCCUAUAGACUCUACGAUAUCUUUUGGAGCAUCAACAAGGACCUACACUAUAAGAGAGAAGCCCCAGACCCAAGGCACUGCUGGCACAGGAGACAGUAAGACGGGGGAUGAAGAAGAGCUCAAAGGACUGCUUGGACUUCCAGAGGAGGAGACGGAGCUAGAGAACCUUACAGAAUUUAAUACAGCCCACAACAAACGUAUCUCCCUCCUGACAAUCGAAGAAGGCAACUUGGAAAUCCAGAGGCCAAAGAGGAAACGCAAGAACUCCAGAGUUACUUUCAGUGAAGAGGACUCCGUCAUUAAUCCAGAAGAUAUAGACCCCUCGGUUGGACGCUUUAGAAAUAUGGUGCAGACAGCAGUCAUCCCCAUGAAGAAACGAAGAUUUGAUAGUCAGAACACACUGGGUCUGGAUGACUUUGCAUCAAAGCGCAUUCAUGCCUACAGUUUAGGUGGAGGCCUUUACGGGGACUUACCUCCUACCAGCCAUGAGAACAAGCCCACAGGAGCUCCAGGAGGGGCUGCCAUGCAGGGUGGGCUUCCUCUACCUUUCCCCAACCCAGCACCAGAGGUAGAUCUGGCCCCAGAGGCUCCCCAGCCCCCCAUCACCCUCAACCCCACACCGGUCACAGCUCCGUACCUCCCAGAGACCACCCUCAACGAGCCACGGAAAAAGAAAUACGCAAAAGAGGCCUGGCCGGGGAAGAAACCAACCCCUUCACUUCUCAUUUAACCCGUUUUUUAACACUGCUGACUCCCAGGUUCCCAGCAGAAACACCAGGGACUGUGACCUGCCUGAGGUGGUG